UUAUGUUCAGUUUCUAAUACAUUUGAAUUGUAAUCAAUAAGUUCUUGUUUUAACAAUACACACCUUUCAAUAAACACUUCAACCUUCAGCUAGUGGCAUCAAACUUAUUGAUUAGCACGUAAAUAAUCAAUUUGUAUUUCUCUAACAGAUAGGGUCGAGGUUUUGUUUUGGGUUUUUUCCCUCAGCGGUAGCAUGACGUCAUGCGUGUCGGUUGUUCUGCCGUAAAGACUCGGCGGAAGACGCAAAAAGCGGAAGUCCGCCCCGCGUCGAGACGGUCACGAGACAAAGGCGCGAAGGCGACGACGACGACGAAAGGUGACCGAGUUGCACAAAAACGUCCAAAAUGUUGAAAUAUUUGGUCCAGCAGCGACUAAUGGCGGCGGCCGACGACAUAUUCGCGCUCUUCGAAAGAACCAUGGCGUCGUACGAGGAGGAACUUUGUCGAACGAGGGAGGAGAAGGAGCGACAUCGACAACAACUGGAAGAUGUUUACCUGAGGAGGCUCCACGUCGCAGAACUCGAAGAACGUCCCCCUCAGCUGCAGGGGGGCCACUCCACUUUGCAGCGGGAGGAGGAUCCACAGCCCCCCCACAUCAAAGAGGAGGAGCAGGAACACCGUAUCAAUUUGGCAGGAGAGCGUCUUCUGGGGCCGGAGGAGGCGGAUCUGACUGUUGUGUCCGUGAAGACCGAAGACGAGCCACAAGACGACAACUUCCCAGUUUCACUCUCGGACAGCGAGGCGGAAGACAAGGACGGCGCCCGAGAACCUUUGAGCAAGGACACGGGCGGCGAAGGCGAUACGGGAACUCAAACCGGCGACAAACACUCGGAAUGCUCGGAGCAGGAGGCGGGAAAGGAGCGUUUCACAUGCCCGGUUUGUGCCAGAAGCUACUCUUUUAGGAGCGCUUUCACGCAACACAUGCGCACGCACACCGGCGAAAAACCUUUUAUCUGUUCAGUCUGCGGCGACACGUUUGCGCAGAAGUGCAAUUUGACGAGGCACGCCAGAACGCACACGGGGGAAAAACCCUUCAGUUGUUCGGUAUGCGGCAAGGAGUACGCAGACAGGCCGAUUUUGGCGUCGCACAUGAGAACGCACACAGGCGAGAAACCCUUUAUUUGCUCAGUCUGUGGCGAUACGUUUGCUCAGAGGUGCAACUUGACCCGGCACAUGAGGACGCACACCGGAGACAAGCCCUUCCGCUGUUCAGUUUGUGGCGCCACAUUCGCACAAAAGGUCUCGUUAAACGUCCACACGCUGACGCACACGGGAGAAAAAGACUUCGGCUGCUCCGUCUGCGGUAAAAGAUUCUCCCGGAAAGACUACGUGAUCCUGCACAUGAGAACGCACACGGGCGAGAAACCCUUCGGCUGCCCAAUGUGCGGGAAGAGGUUCUCCCGCAAGAUGUUCAUGGUGUCGCACAUGAAAACGCACACCGGGGAGAAACCUUUCAGUUGCUCGGUUUGCGACAAGAGAUUCGCUCGGAAGGUGUUCAUGGUGGAGCACAUGAAAACGCACACGGGGGAAAAACCUUUUUGUUGCCCAGUCUGCGGGAAGAGCUGUUCUCAAAAGGGUAACCUGGCCCGACACAUGAGGACACACACAGGAGAAAACUCCUAGAGUUGUUAAUGUGUGUGGUAAGAGCUAUUACCAAUACCACAAUUAAUGCGGGUAUUUAGUUCACCCUCGAUAAUUGCAAGACAAAAAAAAUAAUAAAAAUCAUAAUUAGUGCUGGUGAAAAGACUGAUUGAUGGCAGUAGCUGCAUGAAAGGUUUCAUGUGUCGUGGGUUUUAUCCAGCAUGUUUCAGUUCAACUUUACAGUUGGUUGAAGUUAAUGUCGAUACAUCACAUACAUCAUUUCUCUUUACAAUGUGUCCAAAAAGGAGUAGGAAGAAGCAGAGCUUAUCUAAUCCUUCCCUUUUCCCCACUUCCAAGCAAUUACUAACAUAUGUCCACUUCCUGUUCACAAUGCACAUCAAUGCAUUCAAUUUGUUGUGAUUCACAUCAUGAGAUGAAUGAUAUCUUAUUUGUUAUAAGUUCAUGACUUUUAUCAUAAUUCUUCUUCCUUUUGUGCGCAGUAAAAACUAGUUUGAGCAGUACAACAACAGCAAAAGGAAAGGAAAAAAGGAACAAGGGUUCCUCCAGUCUGUCCUUGAAUGUCGCACACCUGCAGACGCACCAAGGAGACGGAUCCAGUUGGAUGUGAGCAUACUUUUAGCACACCGUGCUAAAGUGUACCCAAAGUAGCACAAAUGUCCGUGUCCUCCAUUUGACCCCUGAAAUUCAGAAGGAAAGUUUUGUGCUAUUCAAAAUGUCUUUGUAAAAUCGGUGUGCCUUAACUUUUGUGUCGUAUUUACUCUUUAAUCAUGUAUGAAUAAAGGCACAAUGUCAACAUUUAAACUUUUACAAAACAACUGUAAAUGUAUUUGCAAAUAUAAGUCCAAUACUUGGAAACAUGUCUGUUUGUUCGUGUACUGUAUUAAUAUAUUGUCCGUGUCAAUAUUAAAGACCGUCUUUAUCCAGGUUGUGUUUAUACUGCUUUAUUUGAGGAAGAAUUAAAA